CUCUCCUCUCCCCUCGGGUUUCCGUCCCUCCUCCUCUCCCUCUGCCUCACCCUCUCCCUCUAUCUGGCCUCCACGUCGGCACAACAAACCGUGCCGGUCAUUUCCACGGCGCAGGGCCGCAUCCGGGGCAUCUUGACCCCGCUGCCCUCGGACCUCCUCGGGCCCGUCAUCCAAUACCUGGGAGUGCCCUACGCCAGGCCUCCGACGGGGGAUCGGCGCUUCCAGGCGCCCGAGCCGCCGCUGCCCUGGCCGGGAAUACGAAAUGUGACGCAGUUCGCUCCCGUGUGCCCUCAGUCGUUGGAUGAGAGGAGCAUGCUGGGAGAUAUGAUGCCAUCCUGGCUCACUGCUAACCUGGAUAUAGCAGCGACGUACCUCACUCACCAAAGCGAGGAUUGUCUCUACCUCAACAUCUAUGUGCCCACUGAGGAAGACAUCCAUGAGGAGGGGGGUCAGCGGCCGGUGAUGGUCUACGUCCACGGUGGCUCUUACACAGAAGGAACCGGUAACAUGAUGGACGGCAGCGUGCUCGCCAGCUACGGAAACGUCAUCGUCAUAACCCUCAACUACCGCCUGGGAGUACUGGGAUUUCUCAGCACCGGCGACCAGGCGGCAAAGGGGAACUACGGCCUGCUCGAUCAGAUCCAGGCUCUCCGCUGGGUGAAGGAGAACAUCGCGGCCUUUGGGGGGGAUCCGAGCAGGGUGACGGUGUUUGGAUCCGGGGCUGGGGCGUCCUGCGUGAGCCUCCUCACCUUGUCUCACUACUCUGAGGACUUGUUCCACAGAGCCAUCAUCCAGAGCGGCAGCGCUUUAGCCAGUUGGGCCGUCAACUACCAGCCGAGCAAGUACGCCCGGCAGCUCGGCGAACGGGUGGGCUGCGGCAUCGACGACAGCACGCAACUGGUCGCCUGCUUGCAGGGCCGGAGUUACCGCGAGCUGGUGGAGCAGAACGUAACGCCGGCCAAAUAUCACACAGCUUUUGCCCCCGUGAUUGAUGGCGAUGUUAUACCGGAUGACCCCCAGAUCCUGAUGGAGCAGGGAGAGUUCCUCAACUACGACGUGAUGCUGGGGGUCAAUCAGGGCGAGGGCGUCAAGUUUGUGGAGGGCAUCGUGGACUCGGAGGACGGGGUCACCGCUGAGGACUUUGACUUCGCCGUGUCGGACUUUGUGGAUAGUUUGUACGGAUACCCGGAGGGCCGGGACACGCUGAGAGAGAGCAUACGGUUCAUGUACACGGAUUGGGCGGACCGCGACAAUGCAGAAACCCGCCGAAAGACGCUGGUGGCGCUUUUUACGGACCACCAGUGGGUGGCGCCAGCGAUCGCCACGGCCGACCUCCACGCCCAGUACGGGUCUCCCACCUACUUCUACUCCUUCUACCACCACUGCCAGAGCGAUGCCACGCCGCCCUGGGCCGACUCCGCCCACGGUGACGAGGUGCCCUAUGUGUUCGGCGUGCCCAUGGUGGGACCCACUGAUCUGUUCAACUGUAACUUCUCCAAGAACGACGUGAUGCUGAGCGCAGUGGUUAUGACAUACUGGACCAACUUUGCCAAGACCGGUGAUCCGAACCAGCCAGUUCCUCAAGACACCAAGUUCAUCCACACAAAGCCCAAUCGCUUCGAAGAAGUCGCCUGGUCUAAGUACACCCCUAAAGAGCAGCUGUACCUCCACAUCGGCCUCAAGCCCCGCGUCAGAGACCACUACCGCGCCACCAAGAUCUCCUUCUGGCUCCAGCUGGUUCCUCACUUGCAUCACGUCAACGAGCUCCUCCAGUCGGUGUCGUCCUUCACGCAUAGUCCCUCUCCGCAGGACGACACCCCGUAUUCUUACACCAAGCGUCUGGCCAAAGGUUGGCCUCCCAGCAGCACGCGUCACCCGGGUUCACAGGGAGGAACCCCGCAGCCGCCCGAGUCCGCUGUCGGCCAAGACGGAGGGGAAAACGGGGUCCGUGUCCCUAAUGAGGACUACUCCACUGAACUCUCGGUGACUAUUGCAGUGGGAGCCUCACUGUUGUUUCUUAACAUACUCGCGUUCGCGGCUCUGCUUUAUAAGAAAGACAAAAGGCGCCUGGAACACCGUAGGCCACGUCCGCUCCCCCCGCCGAGACGAGACAUCACACCCGCGGAUGUAGCCGCUCACCUGCAAGGGGAGGGACUGAUGUCAUUACAGGUGAAGCAGCUGGAGUGCGACGUCGCGUCGGCGGACGAGAGGAACAACACUCACCACCACCACACCCUGGACACGCUGGACGCCCUGGACGGCCUGGACACCCAGGACAUCUACAGCACGCUGGACACUGUGCGCCUCACCUGCCCGCCCGACUACACCCUCACCCUGCGUCGCUCCCCCGACGACGUCCCCCUCAUGACCUCUCUGACCCCAGGAUCGCUGCCCGUCACCCCCGGGUCGCACCCCGUCACCCCGGCCACGCCGAUGACCCCGAUGACACCCGGAUCGGUGGUCGGCAUGAGGAUGGGGCAUCCUCACCAGGGUUACACACACCAUAGCCCGUAUAGUAACACGCACUUGCCGCACACACACAUCUCCACGCACACACACUCCACCACGCGUGUAUAA